AUGGACGGCCAGCAGGACUGGAUCGAGCUCUCGGCGCACUACAACGGCGGCUACGUCGUCCUGAGCUACCUCGUGUCGUUCGUCGGCGCAUGGACGACCCUCGAGAUGCUCCUCAAGCGCACGGGCAGCGCGGGCGUGUGGAACGUCAUGCUCCUGUGCGGCGCCGGCAUCGCGUUCGGCUCGACGGCGACGUUCGGCAUGCACUUUGUCGGCAACCAAGCCGUCACCCUGCGCUUUCCUCCGCCCUGGCAGGGCACCGGCGCGCCCCUGUCGUACAACGCCGGCUUCACCAUCUUGUCGCUCGUCGUGUCGUGCAUCUCGAUGAUCAUCGCCUUCUCGUUCAUCGGCCUGCGGUUCAACGCGCCACGGUGGCGCCCUCCCGUCGUCGACGAGGAGUACGGCUCGUCGGCCUCGGGCGAGGAGAAGGGCACGGUCGUCGCGCCCGAGUACGACGACGUGGCCGCGACCGACGGCGUCGACCGCAAGGACAUGCACCUCGCGACCGGCGGCGCGUUCGACCCGGACCUCAAGGUCGCGCCGGCGCCCUCGCCGCCCGGCCCGGACCAGCAGACGCGCUUCAACCUGCCGCACGGUCGGCAGAGUGACCCGUCGGCGUUCAGCGUCUCGUUGCCCAAGCGCGACGGGACCGGCGGCGGGCGUUCGUCGACCGCGGCCGACAAGCGGCGCGAGCGCACCGAGGUGGACGACGAGGACGACACGACGGUCGACGACGGCGAGUUCGGCGUCGGUGCGGCCAAGGUGUCUCUGUGGGGCGUGUCCAAGAUUCUGCUCGCCGGCAUCGUCUGCGGAGGAGGAAUCGCUGCCAUGCACUACAUCGGCCAGGUGUCGAUCAACUCGGUCCCUCGGGUCACCAACUCGUGGUGGACCAUCCUCCUGUCGGUCCUCAUCGCCAUGUUCUGCGUCACGGUCGGCCUGUACAUCCUGUUCGUCAUCUUUCGCCCCAAGCUCCAGCACUCGUGGUACAAGCGCGUCCUCGUCGCCGGCAUCCUCGCCGUCGGCGUCACCCUCAUGCACUUUGUCGCCCUCCUCGGCACCCACUACUGGGCGAUCCAGGGCGAGGACUUGCGCACCGGGUCGGACCAGGGCACCAAGACGGUCAUCAUCGCCAUCAUUUGCGUCGUCGCGCCCAUCUGCUGCAUCCUCCUCCUCGUGUUCGCCUACCUUGGUCAACAGCGCGCCCUGCACCAGAAGGCGGCCCGCCACCGCAUCAUGCUGUCGACGGCCAUCUUUGACCAACACGGCCUCCUCCUCGUGCACCCGGACUCGGGCCUCCUCCCGUCGGCCAAGAUCUACCCGAGCCGCACCAACGAGCAGGACAAGUUCAGCAUCUGGCACGUCAUCACGUCGGGCAACCGCCUGCGCCUCGACGCCAACAAGGUCAAGCUGCAGCGCUCGGACCCGGCCUUUGUCGCCUUUCUCAAGAUGUCGUGGGCCUGGCGCUCGCAGAAGCAGCCCGGCGAGGCCGCAGCCGUCGGCGACGAUGUCAACGCGACGUCGUUCGGCGGCGUCGGUGCCGCGAGCAGGACGGGCGAGGGCGUCGGCGCGGGUCGGCUGAGCGAGGCCGACGACGAGAUGACCGGGUCCGAGGCCGAGGGCUUGCGGCGCAGCGUCCUCAGCUUCGAGAUGGCCGGCGAGGAGAUCGCGAGCGAGUUGACGGGCGCGCCCAACCUCAAGGCGCUCGGCGUGCUGUACGACAGCAUCCUCAAGAUCGGCCACUAUCAGGUCUCGAGCAAGUCGUCGGGCGACCAGUUCGUCGUGACGCAGGGCCAGAUGCUCAUCCUUGCCCGUCGCCUGCGCAACAACGCCGAGCGCGACGCGCUCGUCGCCCGCGGCUACGUGUUUGCCGAGCCGGCCAACGUCGCGCGCAUCACCUCGAGCGCGUACGCCGUCCCGAACGACCGCGUCCUCGAGUACUUCCGCAGCGUGUACCGCUUCACGCGCACGGGCGUCGCCAAGCGGCUCGAGCGCGGUCGGCUGUACGGCGGCGUCCUCAUGCUGCAGGCGCUCCCUGGCGAGGGCCUGCACGUCGUCGUCGACGAACGGCAGCACCACUCGCUGCCGAUGACGGACCUCGCGUCGCUCGUCGACCCGCGGCAGGACCGGGCGCGCCCCGCCGCCUCGAGCUUGCCGACGACGACGCUCGACGCCGUCGUCGAGGCCCUGCAUCACCUCGGCGGGCAAUCGCUCCUCGACCUCGUCAACACGAGCAGCCCGUCGCACGGCGGCGCCGUCACCGGCGACCUGCACUCGCUCGUCGUCCAGACCCUCCGUCCUUACCUCGAGCGCGUCCUCACGCCGGCCGCGCUCGACACUCUCCUCCCUCGCCUCCACAUCGCGCCGACCGUCAUCCCGCUCACGGCCCGCACGGGCCCGACCUAUGGCGCCGACGGCCUCGCCAAAGACUCGUACCUCGUCUGCCUGAAGGCCGUCAUCCCCUCGUCGGUCACUUUCCCCGGCGCCCGACUCAACUGGCUCCCCUUCCCGCUGUACCAGGCCCAGUCCGAGUGCGUCACGCGCGCGUCGGGCGCGGCGGCGUCGAGCGGGCGGCGACCUGCGACGGGCGGGUCGACGACCGAGGCGGCGCGGUUCGGCUCGAGCGGUCGGAGCGAGGGCAGUGGCGGCGGCGGCGCGCGCACCGGCAGUGCGGUCGACUGGAGCACCGAGCAGGGUGACCACCCGCUGUUUGCGACGUCGACGGCGGCGCCGUUCUCGUCGGCCCCGGCGGCGUCGACCUCACAGCCACCUGCGUGGCCUCGCAGCUCGGCUCGGUCGGCCGGCGCGCCCGGGUCGGCGACAUCCACGGCGUCGGCGACGGGCGAGGACGACGGCGAGAGCGACAUCGGGCCCGCAGCGUCGGGCUGUCGACCUGUGGUCGGCACUUCCGCCGUCGACCUUCCCGCAGGCGUUCCCGAGUACUCGCCCGACUGGAUCCUCGGCCUCAUCCGGACGGCGGCCGCUCCUGGGCACCACGCGUACCACUGGGACGUCCCGCCGCCAGCGAGACGAGGCGGAGCGGGUCCGAGGAGGAGCGCCUGAGCGGCUCCGUCGUCGCCAUCGCUGUGGUGGGCUCGCCCGGCGCGGUCUCGUCGGUCGUCAGUUCGGUCGCUGUGACCCUCUCUUGCCGUUGUACAUUCUCUCGGUCCCCCUCGUCCCGGUCUGUCGUCCCUGUGUCUCCCCCCUUCGCAACGUCUGUCUCCCUCCCUCUCUCGCCCCCUCUCUCUCUCGAGCCCCCUCUCCUCUCGAUAUCCUUUGGACUAUGAGCAAUGCAUUCAUUCAAAGCG